AGCCUUUUGGCUCAAGUUCCGUUGCUAGCUCAGCUAUCUUCGCUCUCAGUGAUCAGUGCGCAGCCAUGGCGGCCUCAGUGGAGUUCGCAGUGUCUGCGGCGGCGUCCGCUGCCCCGGCCGGAGCACUCGUCGGCCUUCCGCUCACCGAGGCGAACCCGGUGCAGUAUGUGCGCAACGGAGUCGUUGCCGGGCCUGGCGGACACCAGAACCUGACCCGCUCCCGUGGCCGGUUCGGAACGCCGAAUGGGUCGUCGGUUAUGUUCCCCACGCCAGCGACAUCCUGAAGUUCGCCGUCCUCAUCAUGCUGGCGAUUGACCGGAGCCUGACGCCGUUUCCGUACCCGCAAGGCAUCUCCGGACGUGGGACCAAUGCGGGACAGGUGGCGAGUCAGGCCAGACUCGUCAUUCAAAAGGCGGUCGAAGGGUACGUGAGGUACUACUUCGGCACCGGCGGGGCGAAUCGCGACGAGCGCCUCACGCACGCCACGCUCGACCUGGACCGCGGCAUCAUUGGGUGGUUCCCGCUUUUCGCUGCUGCGUAUACGGCGGUUGGCUGGACGGUCGCUGCUGCCGACGGCACCUUUGCUCGGGUCGCUCCGCUGGCGGUCGCGGUUGGCAACAUCCCCGUCGGCCACUACCUCGCGGAAGCGCGUCAGGGAGGGGGAAAGGGGAGGCAAGCAACUUCAACUUAACUGCGACGUUUCUUUCACGGCCUUCCUUUUCUCUGUUCGUUUCUAGACUUUCGUGGGACUGGCGUCGACGACGACGAGGUAGACGGCGACGACGACAGCGUCUCACACGUGCCGACUGGGCCGGCGGAUUUUCUGUGAGUUUUUGCACAAGUUGGGG